AUGGGCUCCAGGUCCUAUCUCAGCUGGUGUCUCUCCUGGAAGAGAAUCAUGGCUGUGUUUUUCCUGCCACUUGCCUUAUCAGGCUUUAUUCCUCAUGCUUCCUGCUCCCUUCUUCCCUCCUGCUCCAGGUGCAAUUGGUCUCUCCUGACUCCUCUCCAGCUGAAGAACAGAUCUGUGGGGCUUGGCAUUGCUAGCACGGGUGGGAGAGCCACGCAUUUCACCCUGGAAGGUCACAAGUUCCUGAUCUUUGGGGGCUCCAUCCACUACUUCCGAGUGCCUAGGGAGUACUGGAGAGACCGCUUGCUGAAGCUGCAGGCUUCUGGCUUCAACCCCCUCACCACAUAUAGCCCAUGGAACCUUCAUGAGCCAGAAAGAGGCAAAUUCGACUUCUCUGGGAACCUGGACCUUGAGGCCUUUGUCCUAAUGGCUGCCGAGAUUGGACUUGUGAUUCUGCGUCCAGGGCCCUACAUCUGCAGUGAGAUCAACCUCCGGGGCUUGCCCAGCUGGCUUCUACAAAACCCCAAUUUGCAGUUGAGAACUACCAACAAGGACUUUGUCCAAGCACUUGAUAACUAUUUCAAUCACCUCAUCCCUAGGAUGGUCCCUCUUCAGUAUCACCAGGGUGGCCCUGUCAUUGCUGUGCAAGUGGAAAAUGAAUAUGGCUCCUUUAACAAGGACAAGAGCUACAUGGCAUAUCUCAAGGGGGCCCUGCUCGAAAGAGGGAUCGUAGAGCUGCUCCUGACGUCCGAUAGUGAGGACAAAGUUGUCAAUGGUUCCAUCCAAGGAGCACUGGCCACUGUCAAUCUGAGAUUCCUUAGGAAGAAUUCCUUUCUUCAGCGUCACCACCUGCAGUCAAAUAAACCCAUCCUGAUUAUGGAAUAUUGGAUUGGCUGGUUUGACAGAUGGGGACGUGGCCACUCUGUUACACGUGUGAAAGAAGUUGAACACACGGUGUCAGUCUUUAUCAAAUACAAGAUUUCUUUCAAUGCCUACAUGUUCCAUGGUGGAACCAACUUUGGUUUUAUGAAUGGUGCCUCCUAUAUUCAGAAGCACCUCGGUGUUGUGACUAGCUAUGACUAUGACGCUGUGCUGACAGAGGCUGGGGAUUACACAGAAAAAUAUUUCAAGCUUCGACACCUUUUUGGAUCCGUUUCAGCAAUACCCCUCCCCAGCUUACCUCAUCUCACCCCCAAGACUGUGUAGACUGCUGUGAGACCAUCACUCUACUUGCCACUAUGGGAUGUCCUACAGUACUUAGAUGAGCCAGUUAAGUCAUGUAUGCCAAUCAAUAUGGAAAACCUUCCAAUAAACAAUGGCAGUGGUCAGUCCUUUGGAUUCAUCCUUUAUGAGACUUCCAUCUGCUCUGGAGGCGUUCUCCAUGCUGAAGCUCACGACGUGGCACAGGUGUUUUUGAAUGAUGUAAUUAUAGGAUUUCUGAGUGAUAAUGUUCAGAAAAUGCGUAUUCCUAAGUUCAAGGGUUGUCCACUUCUGAGGAUCUUGGUGGAGAAUCAAGGGCGAGUCAAUUAUUCAUGGAGGAUGCAAGAAGAGAAGAAAGGAUUGGUUGGAUCUGUUAGCAUCAAUGGCAUCUCCCUGAAAAAUUUCACCAUCUAUCCUCUAGAGAUGAAGAAGACCUUCUUGGAAAGGCUCCACGUGGCUACCUGGAAGCCUAUUCCGGAGAGCUAUUUAGGCCCUGCUUUCUACAAAGGGAUAUUGAGGGCUAGCUCCUCACCUGAGGAUACCUUCUUGAGCCUGCCAGGCUGGAAUUGUGGGUUCGUGUUUGUCAAUGGACAUAACCUUGGGCGGUAUUGGAAGAUUGGACCUCAGGAAUCCCUUUACCUUCCUGGUGUCUGGCUUCACCCAGAAGACAACGAAAUCAUCCUGUUUGAGAAGAUGAAGCCUGGCUCAUCUAUCAGAUCUAGAGAGAAGCCCAAGCCGAAACUUUUCUAAUACAUUUUUUUUUUUGAUUAUUGAAGGUCAUUUGUAACUAGU